AGUAACUUCUCUUUAGAGAUACGAAUGGGCAUCAAGGAGAUGAGAAGAGAAGCCCACAGAUUUAGGCCCCUAGGCCUAGGCCUUAAAUUGAUAUAAAAAUGUGAUGUGUAUUAUAAACCCAUAAAAAUUUCAGGAAAAAGAAGAUCGUUGACUCUUGAGUGCGGAAGAUGUCAAGUUACCCGGCAACUGGAAACAUUGACUAUCCGUAUGAAGCUAGCGAUGAAGCCAGCGAGACGGAGCUUCUAGACCGAAGUCUGUCGGUCUGGCGUGGUUAUGAUUCUUUACAGGAUCAGUUUAACCCAAUUCCUCUUGAUCUCUACACAGCCUGUUCCAUAGGUCACUAUGAAACUGUUCAUGCAUUUAUACAAAGUGGUCAAGUUGAUCUUAAUCAAAAGAAUAAAGGAAGCUGGACACCAUUAAUGUAUGCAUCAUACAUAUCACAUGACAACAUUGUGAACUUGCUAUUGGAUGGCGGAGUUCAAGUAGACAUCAAGACUGAUAAAGGUGCCACAGCGUUCAUGCUUGCAGCAAGUUGUGGGAAUGAGAGUGUAUGCUACUUCCUGCUACAGCAAGGAGCUAAGAUAGACGAGCGUGAUAUGAAGGGCUGGACUGCCUUGUUCUAUGCUACCAAUGCCGGUCAUCAAACUAUGGUGCAGUUCUUGCUUGACAGUGGAUCACAAGCUAACGUUGUGGACUUUCUCCUUGGAAUCACACCAUUGAUGAUGGCAUCUGCAGAAGGACAUGAGAUUAUUGUUAACAAGUUACUUGAACAUGGUGUAGAUAUUGAGUAUAAGAAUUCCAAAGGUGACACAGCUAGAUCACUGGCAAUCGUCAAUGGUCACAUGAAGAUUGUCAGUCUGAUUGAUAAUCGCACGAUGGCGUCAGUUUCCCUGAGGUCAGAGCCAGGACUUGGCUCAGAUGCUGACCUCAGCUCAUCGGAUGAGAACUAUCAACGACCCAACAGACAUCAUGGACGUACUCCCAAAUUAAAGAGUAAAGGACCAAGUAUACGAGAUGGCCCAGAAGCUGUGGCUAAGAUGCUCCUGGAAAGCAGGCAGACAGACUGUGUGAGAACAACAAGCAAAAAUUCAAUGAUUCCUAGUGGCUACGUUACAUUUGAGGACAAUCUUCCGUUCAUUACUGACCCUGUGUCUAACCGUGAGGUUAUUUCACCUAUCAAUCCCAUGGAGCAUGAUAUUGCUGUAUGUGAUGGCAAUGAAAAAGGAUCAUCAUGGUUUGAGCAAUAUGAGCAAGGAGCUGACGGUGAUCUCACUAUUAAAAGAUCCAACUCAUCUAGUUUGAGUGGAAGCAAUGGAGGCCUAGCAGGGUCAGUGGGUAUCAGUCGUGAAAACAGCCUCUCUAGUAAUGAUGAGGACGAUAAAUUAUCAAAACCAGAUGCACAUAAGCCUCAUAAACACACAACUGAUGGAAAUUCAAAACAAGUUGCAAAAAAUGAAAGUGUGGAGAAGUGGUUUAAUCAAAAUGUGAAUCAAGCAUCCCAUCAUCUCCCUCCACUUUAUGGCCACAUUCCUCCAGAGAAAGUUGUGAACAUUUUUAAGGAUGACGUGGAAGAGCCGUAUCCUUACACAAACCUUGCAACGUUGCUGGAGAGUCUUAAUCUGAGUAAAUACCACUCAUUAUUUGAAGAGCAAGACGUUGACCUCAGAGUUUUCUUGACACUUAAUGAUACCGAUCUCAAGGAAAUUGGCAUCAAGUUAUUAGGACCACGUAAGAAAAUGACAAAUGCAAUAGCUAGGAAACACAGUAAAGUACGUCCCUUCAAUGACAGUCUUGAGCAGACAUAUGCUGACAGGGUCGAAUCAAUUAUGCAAGAGAUGGCUCAAAAAUACCAACAGUUAAGUUUAGCAAACAGUAAGUUAGAUGCUCAAGUGCAAGAGGAGCGUGAGUUACGUAGCGUUGCUGAAAGCUGUCUGAUGGAGGAUCGCAAAACGUGGCAAUAUGUUCAGGACUUGAUUGUGGAAACUUGUAAAAUGAGCCAUAAUAUUAGAUUGUGCUAUGACCACAUAAGGACUUACCAGACAGAACUCUUGAAACGUUUCCAAAGCAACAACACAGAACAUGCCUCAUCAGGGUCAGGGGUUAGGACCAACACCAGUGCAAUCAAUUCAACAGAAGAAAAUGAGAACAGAAAUCAAAAAAGAGAAGCUCAGUUUGCAUUACCUACAAACAUUCCUUCAGAGCAAGACUUGUCAGAGGUUACUCUUGAAAACCUUAUAACAAAUCUCAAUCAUUAUAUGUAUCAAAUGGGGAGAUCAGUUGCUAUGGCAACUAAUAAUAUGGAUAAGUUAAGUGAUGGGCAUCAACUUGUAUUUUCUCCCAACUCCAGUGGCAAUUCAUUACCUUGAAGGACAGCUAGAAAGACUUUUCUAUCAAUCUAUGUUAAGUCAAGAUGCAUUGCAGUAUGUAAAGCCUAAGCUGUUGUAUUACUAAAAUAGAUAUUCUUUUUUAUAUAAUUCCCAUUUAUAAUUGUUCAUAAAAUAUCACAUAAUUUUAUUUACCUAUUUAUUCUAACCAUUCCAUUUUUAAUAGAGACAAAUAUUUAUGUGGAAAAGGUUGGAUUGUGUCAGGAACGAGAGUGAUACAGGAACAUCUAAAUGAAAGUUGUAUGUAAAGUUAUACAGUAUGCAAUGACGUAAUAUCAUGGGUUUAUUGGCAUACUGGUCAGAUAAUUUAAUUUUAAUGUACUUUGUGAUGCACUAUGCUGUACUUGGUCAGUUCUUAUAUGCAAUGACAUAGUGUCUUGGGUUUAUUGACAUACAGAUAAGAUGAUUUAAUGUACUUUGUGAUGCACUAUGUACUUGGUCAGUUAUUGAAGGGUCAGGUGACUUGUUGUCCUUGGUGAUGUACUGCACUAUAACAGGUUACGUAAUGUAUCACCGACCCGGUGAUAUGUCGUCGUUAAUGACAUGCUGCUCUGGGUCAAAUAAUGUAAUGUUCUUUCAAGUACUUUUAUCUGUCUGCACUGGUAAUUUAACGUGUCCUUUAAUUGACCCAGUGAUGUAUAAUCUUUGUGAUAUACUCACUGUGAGGGGUAACAUAAUGUCUCUUUCAAGUGACAUAUUACUGUCAUGUGAUGAAUUUACCUCUGUUAAGUGAUCUAUUAAAAUGAUGUUAGUAUGCAGUGUAAGGUUAUGUAAUGCCCAGUUUAAUAUAACUUAUUGUCAUAUUUUGUGUUGACAUGGAUUACUGCGUACAUUUUAAAAUGUGAACGAUGCUGUGAAUACCACAUGUGAUUUUCACCUGUUGUUUUAAUGGACCUUUCUGGCCUACCCCUUGGAUGUUGUUUCUAGGUCCCACAAAACACCGGUGUAAAAAUAUAUGCAAACACGCGUGUUCGUGAGACGCGCGUAUUCCUGGCUGUGUUCUGAUUGGUCAGUUGUUAAGUUUGAUUGGCACUCCAGAAAGGGCCAGUAUCCGGAAUGUGUACUGCAUUCAUACGUUGUCUUCAUCAGAAAUAUUUAAGUGUCUGCAAUUUUCAGCGCUUGCAUUCGUGAGCAAUUGAACCAAGGUACAAUAAUAGUGUAUAUGCUAAUGCUGCUGUUGUGAACUUUGUUGCAUGUAUGACGAGUCAUUGUCUUACAGUUGAAUAGGUUGCAAGUUGCGUCACACUGUUGUACAAAUAUUUAUGAAUAAAUAUGCAUCAAAUUACAUAUA